AUGGGAGUUCUUAAACAUUUAUAUAAAAUGUUUAAAAAAGAGAAAGAUAAAUAUUGUAAAUUUAGAACGAGUCUCAGAAAUGUAGACCCAGAGUUUUUAAUAUCACGACCUCAUUUAAAUCAAUUACCACCAUCGCCUCAUAAAAUAAAAAAUGUAAAUAAUAAAAAAAACACAACAACAACAGCAGCAGCAGCAGAAACAACAAAGUCUAUCUUUAAAUUUCCACCUCCUUUACCAUAUAUAUUAAAAAGUAGAGAUAUUCAAUAUUUAAAUGAAAGAAAAAGACAAAUGGAAUUUGAAGAUAGUGAUAGGGAUAGGGAUAGAGAUAGUGAUAGUGAUUAUAAAUAUUCAAAGAAAAGAGACGAUUUUGAUAGAAACAGAAAUAAAAAGAUUAAGGAAGGAGGUGAUAUUUUCAAUAAACGAUCACCUACUUUACAAGGUCUCCCCAAUAAAGUACCAUCACCCACUUUAUCAAAUCUCUCCACUAGAGUGCCAUCACCCAUUGAUACUUUCAAUAAUAAAAAUAAAAAUAAUUAUAAUAAUAAUAAUAAUAAUAAUAAUAAUAAUAAUAAUAAUAAUAAUAAUAAUAAUAAUAGGAUGCAAUAUGAUAUACCAUCUGGUGCUGCCAGAAAUAGUGGUGGUGGAAGUAGUAGUAAUUAUAAUGGUGGCAAUAAAAGUGACAACAAUAAUAAUAAUAGUAGUAAUAUUAAUAAUAAUAAUAAUAAUAUUGGUGCUACAGUUGAUGAACCAUCACAACAACGAUCAUCACAACAACGAUCAUCACAACAACGAUCAUCACAACAACGAGCAUCACCACAACGAGCAUCAUCACAACUACAACAACAACAACAACAACAACAACAACAACAACAACAGCCACAAACCCCAAUUAAGGAUGUCAAUAAUCCAUAUAAUCAAGUACUAAAAGUUGAUACAGAUCCAAUUGAUUAUAGUGAACUUGAAUCAUUAAGCAAUGCCAACAAUGGAAUUGUAAAGAGUGAUGAAAAGAUUGUAACAAUGCCAGUUGGAACACCAAUCCCAUUAUCAGUUUUGAAAAAAACUUUACCAACCAAUGUCACUGAAACUGUUCCAACUACUCAACAAAAUCAAACUCAUAGUUUUUCUUUGGAUUCAAAAUUAUUAGAUGCCUUAAUUCCUUUUGAAAACCAACCACCACAACCACAACAACAACCACAACCACAACAACCACCACAACAACCACCACAACAACCACUACAACAACCACUACAACAACCAACAUCACCAACAUUAACAAUAUCACCAACACAAACUACUUCAACAUUACCAACAACAACAACAAAUGAUAUAAAUAAUGAAUUAAUUAAAAAAUUAUUAAAAAUUUCUAAAAACCCUGCUAUUAUCGACAGUGUUAAACAAUUGUAUGAUAAUCAAAGGUUUAAAGAAGCUCAAUUACUUGAACAACAUUCAGAUUUAUUAAAGAGUCAAGAUGAGAGAAAGAAAAAUAGAUUUCAAAAGUAUGUUAAAGAAUUGGGUGAAUGUGGAGUCAAUCAAGAAGAGGUUAAAAUGAGAUUACAUAUUGAAGCAACCAAUCUCAUAAAACAAACUAAUGAAGAAUUAGAAGGCUUUAGUAAAUAUGUCUCUGAUGAAAUGAAUAAAUAUAUAACAAUUCAACAAAUUAUGCUCCAAAAAAUAGGUGUCAUUGGUUUCUUUAAAACAAAUGAUCCAGUCCAAAUUCAACAACAAUUAAAAAUAUUGGAUUCCUUAUUUCCAAGUUAUAAAUUUUCUUCAAGUUGUAAUUUAAAUAAUUUUAAUAUAAACAAUAAUAAUUUUAUAAAUGAAAAUAAUAAUAAUAAUGAUAAUAAUAUUAUAAUUUUAUACAAUUUUAUGGGUAUCAAUUUUAGUUGUCUACCCGAUUAUAGUGGACAAACUGGUGAUCAAGACAAUUCUAAACCAAAUAAACCUAUAGCGUUUAUAGAUGCAACUGAACAAGUUUCUAAACCAAAGGUUUCAACAUUAGAUAAAUUUGAUUUUGAUGAUGAAAAAGAUAUAAACCCAAAAUCAAUUUCACAAACUAAAACAGAUAAUAAUAAUAAAAAUAAUAAUAAUAAUAAAGUAACAACUACAAAUAAUAAUAAUAAUAAUAAUAAUAAUAAUAAUAAUAAUAAUAUAUCAACACCAAGUAAAUCAGUAGUACAAACAAAGAAUCAAAAUUCAAAUGAAGAUAAUGAAGAUCAUGAUGAUAUAGAAAACGAAAAUGAAAAUAAAGUAACAGUUGACCUUAGUAAUGUUCCAUUAAGUGCACCAGCAAAAUCAGCAAUGACAUUAGGAGGUUUAAAAAAACAAUUACCUUUAAAACCAACAUUAACAGAAGAACAAAUUAAAGAAUUACAAUUAAAAAAUAAAACUUUAAUUGAAAAACAAAGCCAACAACCAUCACAACAACAACCACAUCAACCACAACAACAAUAUAUAUCACCAGAGAAACAAGCAUCAAUUGAAACACCAAAUAAAAUUAAAUUUUCAAAUAAUGAAGACACAUUCAAUAAUACAAGUUACACUCAACCAGAAGGUGAUUGGGAUAACGAUGAUGAUAUAACAUUUGAUGAUGAUAAUAUAAUUGAUAAUUUAGAUCAACAACAACAACAACAACAACAACAACAACAACAACAAUUAGAAGAAAAAGAAGAAAAAGAAGAAAAAGAAGUAGUAAGAGAAGUUUUUAUACCAACACCUAAAAAAUCAACAAUCAUUUGGAAUGAUGAUGAUGAUGGUUUUGGUGAAUAA